AUGGCUAAAUCACUUAGGUCAAAGUCGAAGCUUCAAGCAAAAUCUGUUAAACGUAAAGGUGAAUUUGCCAAAUUCGUCGAUGCAAGGAACCAGAGGAUAGCAGAAAAGUUACAUCAAGAGACAUUGAAGCAAGAAGCAAAAAAGAAAGAGGAAAAAGAGAACGAAGGCAAGGAUAAGGAUGCUUCUGAUGCUACUGAUGCAGCAGCAGCAGCAGCAAUGGAUGUUGAUGCAGAGAAGAAAGAAAAGAAGAUUAGCACCUCUGGUUGGAGAAGUUCCAAUUCUCAGCGAUACAAGCAGGAUCAGUUGAAAAAAAGAGUCAAGAAAAAGGUUAUGAAAUUUUAA